CCUGAACAUCCGAUUGUUUCGCCAUCUAGAUUAUACAAAAAUGUACUAAAUGUUCAGUAUUGUAAUACGUAUUAAUUACUUUUCAACUGCACGCAAUAACAAUAAAAUUUUGAAAAUUUACUAUUAAAUAACACUUUUAAUCUAACGCAAUUCAAUUCGAGAUUCUUUUUAGAUUAGAUUAUGAAUGAACUUUGUUAUAAGUAUAACGUGACGUUCAAUAUUUUUAAGCUUGCAAUCGAUUAUCGGAAAAGUUAAUCUUUUGGGUGUCGUUACAUACUUACGUGUCAUACAAACGUGUGUGUGGUGAAGGUCGACGCACGAAAAUUAUUCAAAUUAUCAUACAAAGGAAAUGUUACAAUUAGAUUUUUAUUUCAAAAUGGCGUGGGUGUACGUGGCUUCUGUUGGUUGGUAUAUUGUUGCUUUAUUAGGAGUUAUAUGGUAUUUUUAUCCAUAUAUUCAAGAUAAAUAUACAAGAUGGAAAGUUAAAAAAGAUGAGGAAGAAUAUGCAGCAAAAUAUCAUAAGAAUCCUGAUCUUCUGCAACAGAGAUUGUUAGAGAUGGAAGCUUCUAGACAAAGAAUGCAGGAAGAAUAUAUCAAAUCCACUUUAGCGGUAAAGGAAAAAGAGGAAGAACGGAUGCAAAAGAAAAAGGAAGAUGUUAGUAAUUUUCUAGAUGGUAAUAUUUUGGGUCGUGGAAGUAAAGACGAAGCAUCUACAUCGAGAGGACCCAAAUCAAAAUCAUUAAAACCAGAGUAUAAUCCAUUAAUGGGAGACAGUUCUCGAGGCUAUAGGCCACCCAAGCGUAGUUGUUGUGGAAAGGGUGGAUGUGGUUGAUUAUACGAUAAUGUGCCAUAGACGACUCAUUAACUUUAUCUAUUAUGCAAAUUUUUGUUCUUUCGUUUUCUAUGUAAAGAAAGGUCAUUAAGAAUGGUGGCAGUUUAAUAUAUAACAAGUAAUAUUUAAAUAUGAAAAUAAAUGUAAGUAUACAGUUUACUUGUUAUGUAUGAUCAUUCAUAUGCGAAAUAAAAUUAUUUGUUUAUAUUUGUAUUAUAUAUAAACAGUUUUAUAUUGCAAGUAGGCUAAAACUGAAAUAUAAUUUACGUUAUUUUUAUAGCAACUGUUACUACAUUUUUAAGUACAAGGUUAAAUUUAUUAUUACAAUAGUCACUUAACUUUGAUCUACAAAAUUGUAAUCAAUUUGUUAAAAAGAAAAUGGCAGUUUUUAGGAUUGUAUUACGAUAAUAAUGCAACUAUAAGAUAAUUAAUAUAUUACAUUCCACUCGAGUAAUAGACUCAGAGAAGAUAACGUUGAUAAUAAUAAUUCCGAUGAUUGUGCUUCUGUCAAUCAAAUAUGUCAUAUAGACAUAUUGUCAAUUAGUUUGUUGUCAUUUAAAUAAUAACGAUAUCACACU